AUGGCGUCGAUGCUGUCGGAUAACUCGAGCAGCGUGCAGUGGAAACCCAAGCUUCGUAAGAAGGAUAUUUCAUACUUUAUGGACGAGAGCAGCGUCAAACCCGGACAGACGCGCUUCUGUUGCGUGAGCCACUCGCACGCGACGGUGGACGAGAUUAUGAAACUCUUCGUGGUACCCGACGCCGACUCCGUGGUACGGAACAACCGCGUGUUGUCCGACAGUCUGCUGGAAGCUCGAGUCCUGUCAGUUCUACGUCGACCAACAGAUAAGCGACCUAUGAACUCUAUGUACGUUCGAUACUCCAGCUACCAGGCGCCUGGUUUAAUGGUAAACCGAGAGGUUUGCCUUGCAGUGGCCACGGAUAUUAUCCACCAAGCAGACGGAUCUACUAUCGGCUACUGUCUGUGGGAUUCCAUCGACGACCCGGAGUUUGCUGAAGCGAGUAACAAGCCAGGUCUCGAGCCCAGUACAAUGUUUCGAUCGGGCUUUUUCCUUCGUCGUUCAGGUAGACGGUCGUCAUCGAACAACGAACAGAACUACACGAAGAUUGUGUACAUGGUCGGACUAGAGCCUGGCGGCUGGGCGCCGGGCCUCACUGCUCGCCUGUUGAUGGAGCGGUUUGGCGAUAACCUCGUGCGUCUGUGCUCGCACUUCCGUCGCAAGAAUCUCGACUCGCGGACGUUCGUCAUGAAAACCCAAUGGCUGUCCAAACUCUCUGCCAAGAGCUGCAAAGAGUGCCACAAGGCGUUCCAAGUUCUGUCGAAUCGAGUGAACUGUCACUCGUGCGGACACGUGGUCUGCCGAUCCUGUGUCUCGAAAGAGCAGGUCGAUCUGCACGCUGUGGGUCUUGUGCCUAUGCACAUCUGCUUCAUGUGGAGAAGACGGUUGCAGUCCGAUACAGCCACUAUUUCGCAGCUCACGACGCAAGCCCAGCCAUCGUCUCAAUCGCAGGAGCCCUAUCAACAGUCCAAGUCUGUCGUCGAGAGCGACUUGAUUGAAGAGGAAGAAGAAGACGACGACGAUACGGACACUGGAGAGUGGGCCUUCACACCCUUGGGUGUACCCAUUCGACCCUAUCGAAUGAAAUGA